ACACAUAUGGCUUGAUCGUUCGCCCACGCAGAAGCAGUCUCGGGAAUGCAUUUUUGUUCAUGCUCACGAGAUGACUUCUCAUGCCCACUGCCGCGGUAUAUGCCCGAACAGCAAAAUGAGCCGCGAGCCGACCGGGAAAUCGGCAACCAGAUAGGAGAGUAUACAACAGGGUCUAUCUAUCCACCGUCAGAUGCGGAAUGAGCACGACAGUCAGGUCGAACAAGACCACAAGACGUCAGAAUGUUGUUUGCGACAGUUGCAAGCUACGAAGGAUCAAAUGCGAUCUCCUGGCGCUGGCGGAAAGACUGACCGGUUCCAGCUCGUUAGAAACGCCUCUACACGUCACGGUAGAGCAAAUACCUCGACUAUCAUGCUCGAAUUGCAGAGGGAAGAACCUCCGAUGCACCAAGACGGCCAUCAUCGCUUCGGCCAAUACUGCGACUGGAGGGAGAUCCAUCUUGGAAGCUAGGCAGAGAUUUGGCGAUGCUACGGGAUCCGUUUCAGGUCCAGGCGAGACGACGGCGACGACGACGACGACGAAGACAGUCCAUUCUACGGGCCCGACCUCGACAGAGUCGAUUCCCUCAUCCUCCCGUGCUUCGGGUUCUAUGCCAACUCGCUGGUCCCCGGAAACAAUAAUAAUGGACUCCAGUGCGAAUUCUACGUCAUCUUCGUCCGCAGCGAUGACAGAGAACAUCAAGGCGCAAUCUCAAGAACAGCCAACGGACUUGACGGAACUCGUCAGGCAUCUCGUCCCAACCUUUGAUAUUGAAGACCCUACUUCAUCCGUCGACACCUCUUCCGCAGACUUCGAUUCCUUGCGUCAGAGUCCAUCUGCAGCUCCCAGCCAUCAUUCCUCACAAAGCCUUAAUGAGCUCGCCUUGUCUCUACAACACAGACUAGGCGAGUCGGUCGUAGCCUACACAUUCAGUCAACAUAUGAUCUUGACCUACUUCUCCCAUCUCCACGCCUUUGCUCCAAUCUUCGAUGCUCGGGCCUUUCAAGCUGAAUGGCAGGCUGUCGGUCAGCUAUCAGAUCAUAUGUCGCCGGAUAGUCAAGCGCUAUGCUCCGUCCUCGAAGCUUGGGGAGCCAUGUGCUCAGAUAACCCGAUGGUAUUCGGAGUACAGGGCAAUGAAAGCCUGCAGGUACCGAAAGUCUUGCGCAGCGACGGGACAUGCAGUAUCAGUUCCCGUAACAGGGCGCAUUGGGGUCGAACUCGACUUCAAGUCUGCAAAUCGCUCGCCUUACGAGCUCGUCAACGGGUUCUGAAUCUUCUUCCUCGACCGAGUCCAACAGCCUUGGCCGCUUUGAUCCUUUUCGUCAUGUUGAUAAACAUCAGUGAUAAGCGAUCACAGGGAUUAGAGCAAAGCUUCAUAACUGAAAUGAUUCUCAACGUCGUGCUGAGGCAGGUCAAGGCUCCUCAGCAAACCAUUCUUCUCCGCCCAUACGAGCCGUUAAUAGCGAGUGAUCGCGUAGCGGACCAGACAUUUGGUCGGAUCUUCUUCUCCAUGCUCGUCACAGACUCCUUAAUUGCGGCCGGCGAGCCCACCAUCCCAAGCAUUCCGGACGAGGAAUUCGACAGGGCAUGGGUGUGGGUAGAAGAGAUCAAACCGCGAUUGUCAGACUGUCUGUACCAGAAACUAUCGUACAAUAUGAGGCUGUCCCAACUGGGCCGAGAAACUGCUUAUUCGCUGGCGCUGCCUAUGAAGCGCGGCAGGAAGAUUGAUGCCGACCAUUUCUGCGCUCUAGUAAGAAGUAUUUGGAAGAGACUUUUGGCGAUCAGAGGAGAGAUGCUCAUGCAUUCGAUGAACUGCACAUUAUGCGAUCCAUCGCAAUGUCGCCCUGACAGUUCGGCGGCUUACUACGCUGCUGGCGCCUUCCUGCUAGACAACCAAAGGCUCAUAUCGGUGUAUCUCGGCUUCAUCCUACAUCGUCUCGUGGAGGUGAGGCUAGCCGAAUACAAGGCUACGGUACACCUCAUGUCCCACAUUUCAUCUGCCGGAUUGGCAGAUCUUUGCGCAUUACAAAUAGAAAGCCUCGACCUCGUCCUACAGAUCUGUCGGCUUGACCUGGACAUUUACGAGCGACUGCUUCCUAGCGGUGUACUCUAUUCUGCACCAGUGUUUGGACGGGGUAUCAUUGCCCUCGCCUCAUUCCUGGUCAAUAUUCCCACGAACGAGCAGGGGUAUCCAUCGAAUACGCCCGGAGGCUUCGGUUGGACUCAUCAUGCCAAACAUGCGGCGCUGGAGACUUGUAAGAAGGGUCUACAUCAGGUCGGUUGGUCUCUUGGCGAAGUCGACGAAGUCCUCGACAGGAUGGAAGCUGUCCUGGAACGAUUCGACUCGAUGGACACGGACGAGCUCAGUCGCAGGAUCGAGGACAAGUCUGAGGCCAUUCAGGUAGAUUCUUGUGGGACGAGUUUGUCAGACACGGUGGAAGACGAGCAGCUAUUGUGGUCUCGACCUUCGGGAAGCCUUACUACAGGCCCUGAUCCAUCAGAGGACUGGGAGCAAUUCCUAGACCUGUCACCUGCAUCUCACCAUUGAUUGUAUCCCUGCAGACGCGGUUUGCGCUGCAAUUCGACGUGGCAAGGAGACAAUGAUCAUAGUCAUUCAACGUCAUAGGCAUGCAUCUAUCUUGGCACC